UACCUUAUCCCCUCCCACGUUGUUUUCAGAUGACGGAUGGAAGCGACGCCGUUGAAGUGGAACAGUCGUCGAACCGCUGAAUAAGCACCAAGCACUUGGUAAGGGAGGGAAGAGUCCGACAAAACUUCGUAUUUACGCUGCCACCUCCUGGGAUAGUCGCAGAGCCUUUUCUUUUCAAUAACUUCCAUUCUGAGAGCGGUGUUUCGCACACGCACUAUCCUCUCUCUUUUGCUCCACUCCCAAGGGCGUCAAACUCAACCAGAAAUCCCCAAACCCUUCCGCGCCGCCAUGAGGUGAAAACUCCAGCGCGCUUUAAUCAUCGGCCAUUAAUUCUUCGCGUAUCUCCAUCUGCAUUCUUAGACACUGGCUUUCUUCUCUAAAGUUAUUAUAGAAGUUGUUGUUUUUGGUUUGAUCGGUUGUGCCUGGUCUAUUCAGAAAGGAAAAAUGGGUAGCACAUUCAAUCCGCAGAUAUUGGUGGAAAAGUUAACCAAGCUGAACAGUUCUCAGGCGAGCAUAGAGACUUUGUCUCAUUGGUGCAUUUUUCAUAUGAAUAAAGCCAAACCGGUUGUUGAAACAUGGGACAGACAAUUCCAUUGUUCUCCUCGUGAACAAAGAUUGGCAUUUCUAUAUCUUGCCAAUGAUAUAUUGCAGAACAGCAGGCGAAAGGGUUCAGAAUUUGUUGGUGAAUUUUGGAGGGUUCUUCCAUAUGCUCUUCGAGAUGUGAUUAACAACGGAGAUGAAUUUGGAAGGAAUGCUGCACUUCGACUGAUAGGUAUUUGGGAAGAGAGAAAAGUUUUUGGUUCUCGUGGUCAAAUUCUAAAAGAAGAGUUUGUUGGGAGGCAUGUGGACAAUAGUAGCCGUAAUGGGAAAUCCAUGCCCUUGAAGCUGAGACCCCCUGCUGGUAAUGCAUUGGAGAAACUAGUUUCAGGUUAUCAAGCUGUUUAUGGAGGCCAUAUAGAUGAAGAUGCUAUAUUGAGUAAAUGCAGGAAUGCCAUUAGCUGUCUUGAGAAAGUAGACAAGGAAAAUGGUCAAGAAAGCACUUCUGGGAAGAUCCAUGGAUCGACACUAGUAGAUGAGCUCCGGGGACAUGACACUGUAUUGAGGGACUGCAUCGGGCAAUUAACAGCUAUAGAAUCAUCAAGAGCAAGCCUUGUGUCUCAUCUGAGAGAGGCUCUCCAGGAUCAGGAAUCCAAGCUGGAUCAAGUCCGUAACCAGAUCCAGGCAGCACGUGUUCAAUCAGAACGAGUUGGUAAUACCUGCCAGCAAUUACUAAAUGACAGUAACAUUCAGACAUUAGCUGAACAAAGCUCAAAGGAAAUUCAAACCUCCUUAACUCCUCCCGGCUUUGUUCCUGGAGAUAGAGAGCAGUCAGCUCCAUUGAUGUAUACACAGCAAGUAUCUUGUUCCCAAAAAUCUGGACACACUGAGGAAGAUACACGCAAGUCUGCUGCUGCUGCAGUGGCGGCCAAGUUAACCGCAUCAACAUCAUCUGCCCAGAUGCUAUCUUAUGUUCUAUCCUCCUUAGCAUCUGAAGGGGUAAUAGGUAAUUCAAUUAAAGAGUCUUCUGGUGGUGAUUAUCAUCCCGAGAAGAGGACUAGGCUGGAUAAUGACCAGUCGUCUUAUAUACCAUCUCAUAAUCCUCAACAACCGCUUCCUCCAUUUUCUCCUCCUGAAUCUCUACACAGUGCAUCCACAACCAAUCAGCAAUCUACUCUCAGUGAACUCCCGCCUCCACCUUCAUCAUCUCCUCCACCGUUGCCCCCACUACCGCCAAUUCCACAGUACCAAGUGCCGCAGUUCAUGCAGGCUGCUGGAUCAAUUAACAAUUUAGCGUAUAGCUAUAGCAUGACACAGCAGCCAUCAAUGGCAGCCUACCCUACUGUUGGCGCUUCCUUGAAUAGUAUUUCACCUUAUACACCAGCUCCAGUGGGUACCUACCAGGGUUUUCAGGGUUCAGAUGGUAACUACUAUAACCAGCCCCCAUCGAUGCCUAUGGCCCCAAUCUCUCGGCAAUGAGAAUUCAUGUUCCUAUAUCUUUUUAGGAAUUAGGGAAGAAAAGGCUACUCGGAAAAGCUGUUCCCCUUUCUUUGCUCGCGACCUUCUUGUUGGGGAUAUUUGCGGAACUGCACAUAGAUAAUGCUUUGUGAUCUUCGUCUGUUACCUUUUAAUAUUUUAUCUAGUUAGAAGGGUUUCGUUAUAGGAGUCAAAUCAAGGAUAACGAUUUUGUUGAGUGGCUUUGUUAAUCCUUUUCCGUUUGUAAGUUAAUUGAUUUUAUCGCCUUGGGGCUUUCCCCACAAAUUUUCCCCCCGGUUGGAGAGGGUUGUGGGCACGCCGUAGCUGAAUUACACGUGUACGACUAUCUGCAUCUUCGCCAACAAAUGGGCAUUGGUACUGACAUGUCCUCAAGCAUUUGCAUUACUAUCAUGGGCUUGUAUGUUAGGAUGCAGCUAAAACAAAGUAUUAGAUCUGCCAUUUAAUAUGAGCGUAACAUUUUUCGAGGAUUUAUAACGCUUUUAUGUAUAUCAUUUUUUGUUUUGCAUUAA